AUGUCUAAGCUAGGAAACCGCGCCGACUGGGCCGACGACGAGGAGUUCGAUGACCCCUCCGCGCUCCCCGCACAGCAAGUGACGACCAACAAGGAUGGCACCAAGACGGUGGUCUCGUACCGGCUCAACGAUGAUGGCAAGAAGGUCAAGGUGACCCGCCGCAUCAAAACGACCGUCGUUCGCGAACACGUCAACCCGCAGAUGGCCGAGCGCCGCAGCUGGCCCAAGUUUGGGCUGGAGAAGGGCCACGCCGCCGGACCAUCGUUCGAGACGACCUCCGUCGGUGAGAACAUCGCUUUCCGACCCAGCGUGAACUGGAAGGCGCAGGCGGCGGAGACCGAGAAGGAGGGCGAAAAGGGCGGUAUCAAGGAUCAGCUCAAGGACAAGAAGGUCAAGUGCCGUAUUUGCAGCGGAGAACAUUUCACGGCUCGCUGUCCCUUCAAGGACACCAUGGCGCCCGUCGAGGAGUCUACCGGUGCCGAAGAAGGCGGCGAGGAUGCCGGUGGCGUGGGCGCCGGCUCGGGCAGCUACGUGCCUCCCCACAUGCGGAAGGGCGCUGCUGCUGGUGGCGAGCGGAUGGCUGGCAAGUACGAGAAGGACGAUCUGGCUACGCUGAGAGUUACAAACGUGAGCGAGUUGGCAGAGGAAGGAGAGGUGCGGGAUCUGUUCGAGCGGUUCGGUCGUGUCACUCGUGUCUUCUUGGCCAGGGACCGGGAAACCCAGCGGGCCAAGGGCUUCGCUUUCAUCAGCUUCGCAGAUCGUACCGAUGCUGCACGUGCCUGCGAAAAGAUGGACGGAUUCGGUUACCGCCACCUCAUUCUGCGUGUCGAAUUCGCCAAGCGCGCUACCUAG